AUGGUAUCUCGACGUCAGUCCGCCGCUUCAAAGCGUUCCAAACGCACACGCACACCCCUGACACCUCCAAUUCCAACCCUCGCAUCAACUCGGGCAAGACGUACAACUCGCCAGCCCAUUCGAUAUGGCAUCGACGAUUAUGUUACAAUCACACGGGUACCUCGUCCACAGGCCUCCCGCUUGAACCCAAAUGCGGUCACAACACAGCCCUCUCAGACCAUUGCUCCAACUACAGCACAGAGCGCUCGCCCCUCGCAGAUCGCCCACAUCACUGCACUACCUACAGUACAGAAUUCUCAGCCCAGUAUGCCUGGUCUGAACAAAAUAGCUACCAUAGCUUCUGCUGCUAGUGUCGAGGGUGCCAAGGUCACGAAGGAAAAGACAAAGUCCACAGAACCAGAUAAAACAGCUGAUUCGGACAUGCCAACGCUCAAUGAAAGCGGCAAAACAGCUUCCGCUCCACCAGAAUCUCCUCACAAGGCAAGCACAGAAAUGAGCGCCUCACAGAACCGGGCUUCUUCGCUUGGUCCGAAUGGAGAUAACGCCGUCGCUUCGACUGCCCAGGGCUCCUCGAAUAUGCAGUACUCUGAUGACUCUGUCGCUGCUCAUGCCAGUGGUAUAAUGAUUGCACCUCAGUCCGAUGAUGUAGAUGAUGCUGCCUUGAAUCAGCCAGUCGUCCCAAACAUGCACCAGGCCCCUGAUUCUUCAAUGGUCAUCGACCCUGAUGCAGCAAACGCUCCUGCCACAACAGGCAAUUCCGCUGCUAUCGACAGCCAUGCAGCCAUCAAUAUCGCCAUCAAUGCCCUCGCCAUUGUCAACAACAGCAGCGCUCCUUCCACCACCGACUAUGGUGCAGAGCAUACAGAACAACACUCCUAUGAUGAGGAGGAAGAUGACACUGAUGUCGAGGAGGAUACGCAGGAUACAUAUGCAGUGGCAGCAUAUGUCAGAAUGGCAGAUGCAGCAGCAGAUGGCAGCCUUUCGGAGGCGGAUGACGACUGGCUCUCGUACUCGGAGUCGGAGCUUUCCGACAAGGAAAACAUUCCGCCUCCUGGCGCUUUCUGAUCGCCUCGUGGACUGUGGAGAAACGUGGGAAUGCUUUAAGGUGUGUAGAUGUGUGGCUCUGUUGAGUAGCGGGGUUUAGGUAUAGACGUG